AUGGGGGAAAGUGUGACUUCAGAGAUUUGAACCGUGACGUGGACGUUUGUGCCGGUCAGACUGUCUGAGUUUCCAUCUCCUGAAGAACUCCUGCACAGAAUGGUGCAAAAAACAAAAAAGCAUAAUUAGUUUUAAGUCCAUAUUGCCCAUCCCUACUACACAUGCGCUUUUCCUUUCCCGCUGUUAUUUCCCCGGAUUCGAGAUGCUGCCGUCGCUCCUUUUUACAGACUGAGCACAGGCGUAUAUCUCCUUUCAGUGGAUUCUCCGAACAAGGUGUUUACAUGCAACGAAUUUCCGAUUAAAACAGGCAGAAUAUAGUCUUAAAGUGCACCUUGUACGCUUUUUCAUAUAUUACCUUUCAUGUAGCGUGUUAUAGAGCUGUUUGUGAAUGUAAAAAGUCGGCAAUGUUUAAAAAAUCAAAGUACACGACAAAUGGAGUUGUUGUCUCCCAAUAGAAGGAAUCGAUUCUGAACAGCUGAAUCGAGUCGUUAGUGAUUCCAGACUUUACUUCCUGUACUAACCUACGUAGGUUCGUAACAAAAAGCCCCGCCUCUGGUCUUCAUCGGCUGCUCGCUGACAGACGGUGCUAUAACUCGUUACGGUAGUGGGCGUUCCCUUUUUGAAACACGCUGACAGCGGUAGACCAAUCACAACAGACUGGGACAUCUGACCAGUCAGAGCAGAGUAUGCUCUCUGGAAGGAGGAGUUUAGAACGAAUCCUUUAGAACGGAUCAUUGAACAAGUCGUUUGUGACACGUGGGGAGGGGUUAAUGCUGCAGUUUUUUUUUUAAUCUUGGAUGCAUGUAAAUCUAUUGUAUGAGAGCUUUAAAACAAAAUUAGGCACGUUUCAAAACCAUAAUAGGUGCGCUUUGAUCUGUACAGUUGAAUCCGGACAGUUGAAGAUUCACCAGGUCUUCAACUUUCCAGUCUCAGUAAUCUCGCAUGAAUACAAUCUGGACGUAUGCGGUGCGCAUUCGGACAGCUCUUCCGCGCCAGUCCCGUUGUUAUGUGCAUUGCUUCCGUAUUGCAGAAUCUUGGCGGAAGCAGUAGGUCUGACAAUUCAGACGCAUUACUACUUUUUGCCUACUGUAGAGGAAGGUAGUAGGGAUGUUCAGAUGCAGCCAUAAUGUCCUGGAGCAUCGGUGAAACAAGUUAGUUCCUGUUUUUAUUUAAGAUGUAUAGUCAGUUUCUUUUCUUUUAACCAUGAAACCUGUUAUGUUAUCCCCCAUCCCCCCGUCUCAGCUCAUGACUCACCUGACAUUAGUAAUCGCAUGUUCCAGUGUGCAGCGAUUACACAUGGACUGUGUGUUCAGUGCUGAGAGGAUGAAGCAGGCUGCUUUUCAAUUUGUUCGAGCAACACGAAUCAUAAGAGUCAUGUGUUUUUCAGAUACAGCGUCGGUUCAGUGUGUCUCACUGGCGUCUACAUGAUUGGACAUCGCGUUAAAGGCAUGCUAGAUGGCCCGUAGACCUUGAGUGGCUGGAAAGCAUCUCAUAGCGGCCGUUACAAGGUUAUGCCGAGUGGAAGAAUGGCUCUGCCAAGCAGAAUGACAAAGAAAAAUUAAUACCAGCCAUGUCCCCAUCUGUGAUUUCAACAAGGGCCACUAUAUUCUUGCCGCUGUCCAAGGUCUCAUGUAUAUCUUUGGAUAGCUUUGGAGUCUGGUUACAUAACAUAGGAAAAAGCAGCAAUAUGUGUGCACUGCAUACUUUUGAAGAUGAAGUUUGCUUUUAUUUGAAGCCGCAGUAAAGAUGAGAUUUCUUUCAUUAGUUUUAUCUUUUUGGUCUAUCCACACAUGCUUACACAACAUAGAUUGCAUUAUGGCUGCUGAAUCUCCCCAGCAACUUUAUCUAUCUGCUUGGUGUGGUGGAGAGUGACAUUGGGACAAUGCUGCGAAACGGAGGUGUCACAGGGAAUGGCAGCCAGCCAUGGGUGCUCCGGCGGGUUCGACUGACAUGGCUCAGUUUCAUGCUCUUUUUCAUUUUGGUGUUCUUCCCACUCAUUGCACAUUACUACCUCACCACAAUCGAUGAGGCAGGUGGUCCAGACAAACGCAUUUUUGGCCCAAGACCUGGUGGUGAACUGUGCGAGGCGAAACAUGUGCAAGACCUGUGCCGUAUACGAGAAUCAGUGAGUGAAGAGCUGCUUCAGCUGGAAGCAAAGCGGCAAGAGCUCAACGGUGAAAUAGCCCGUCUCAACUUGCGGAUCGAAGCCUGUAAACGUAGCAUUGACAGUGCCAAACAGGACUUGUUACAACUCAAAAAUGUCAUCAGCCAGACAGAACACUCUUAUAAGGAACUCAUGGCUCAGAAUCAGCCAAAACUAUCUUUGCCAGUUAGACUAUUACCAGACAAAGAUGAUCCAGGGCUCCCUCCUCCGAGGUCUGUACAGGCCUGUCGCUUGCAUACGUGUUUUGAUUAUGCCAGAUGUCCACUUACAUCCGGGUUCCCAGUCUACGUGUAUGACACAGCAUCGUAUCCUUGGGGAGACAAUAUUGACCCGUUGGUCAAGCAAGCCUUUGCAUCUUCUGUUAAAAGCAGUGUUUAUGUUACAGAUAAUCCAAAUAUUGCUUGUCUUUAUGUGGUGCUUGUCGGAGAAAUACAAGAUUCCUCACCCUCUCCCUCUGACUUGGAAAAGCAGCUGAAAGCAUUGCCAUACUGGAGGUCGGACGGUCAUAAUCACAUGCUGGUUCAUCUGUCCAGGAAGUCAUUAACUCAGAACUUCUUGUACAAUGUAAGUACAGGACGGGCAGCUAUAGCACAAUCUACCUUUCUUCAACGACAGUACAGAGAGGGUUUUGACCUGGUGGUGUCUCCACUGGUACAUGCUCUCUCUGAGCCCAACUUUCUGGAGGUGCCUCCACAGGUUCCAGUGAAGAGGAAGUAUCUCUUUACCUUUCAAGGAGAGAAGGUGGAAUCUCUAAGGAGUAGCCUGCUGGAAGCACCACCACAGUCCUUUGAGGAAGAAAUGGAGGGAGAUCCGCCAGCUGAUUAUGAUGAUCGCAUCAUUGGCACCCUUAAAGCAGUACAAGACAGUCACCUAGACCAGGUACUUGUGGAAUUUACCUGCAAGAACCGACCAAAACCCAGUCUACCAACUGAAUGGGCUCUGUGUGGGGAGCGGGAGGAUCGCUUGGAAGUGUUAAAAGCAUCCACAUUCGCUUUGGUGAUUUCUCCAGGCGAUGGACAGCUCGUAGCAUCUGCAGGGUGCAACAUGCGCCUGUUUGAGGCCCUGGAGGUUGGGGCAAUCCCUGUGGUUCUUGGCGACCACUCAAAGUUGCCUUAUCACCAUCUUGUACGUUGGAGCGAGGCAGCUAUCAUGGUACCCAAGCCACGCAUAACAGAGUUGCACUUUCUCUUGAGGAGCCUAUCAGACAACGAUUUACUGGCUAUGCGGCGGCAAGGUCGGUUCCUUUGGGAAACGUACUUUUCCACUUCUGAGAGUAUCUUCAAUACCAUCCUGGCCAGCAUCCGAACCAGCAUUCAAAUACCUGCAGCACCCAUAAAGGAAGAACCUGCCCAGGAGAUUCCCCACAAAGCUGGAAAGUUGGCAGGUACAGAUGCCAAUAUGGCUGACAACGGGGACCUGGAUCUUGGUCCAGUAGAGACGGAACCCCCUUAUGCAUCACCUAGGUUUUUGCGGAAUUUCACCUAUACAGUAUCGGAUGUCUACCGAACCUGGAAUCGUGCUCCUGGGCCUUUCCAUUUAUUCCCCCACACACCGCUAGACCCCGUUCUACCUUCAGAGGCAAAGUUUCUAGGUUCAGGAACUGGUUUCCGCCCCAUUGGCGGAGGUUCUGGAGGUUCUGGAAAAGAGUUUCAGGCUGCACUGGGUGGAAAUGUCCCACGAGAACAAUUCACAGUGGUCAUGCUGACAUAUGAGCGAGAGGAGGUACUUAUGAACUCUCUGGAAAGGCUAAAUGGCCUUCCCUAUCUCAACAAGGUGGUGGUAGUCUGGAAUUCCCCAAAACCGCCCUCAGAUGACCUUCUCUGGCCAGACAUUGGGCUGCCCAUUGUGGUGGUGCGGACAGAAAAGAACAGUUUGAACAAUCGCUUCCUGCCCUGGGAUGUAGUGGAGACUGAGGCCAUCUUAUCCAUUGAUGACGAUGCCCAUCUCCGACACGAUGAAAUCAUGUUUGGGUUCAGGGUGUGGCGAGAGGCCAGGGAUCGGAUUGUGGGUUUCCCAGGGCGGUUUCAUGCCUGGGACAUCAACCACCAAUCUUGGCUUUACAACUCCAACUACUCUUGUGAGCUCUCCAUGGUGCUGACAGGUGCUGCCUUCUUCCACAAGUACUAUGCCUACCUGUAUUCCUAUGUGAUGCCCCAGGCCAUCCGAGACAUGGUGGAUGAGUACAUCAAUUGUGAAGACAUCGCCAUGAAUUUCCUGGUGUCACAUAUCACGCGCAAACCCCCCAUCAAGGUGACGUCUCGCUGGACAUUCCGCUGUCCCGGCUGUCCUCAGGCACUGUCUCACGACGACUCGCACUUUCACGAGCGCCACAAGUGCAUCAACUUCUUCGUCAAGGUGUACGGUUACAUGCCGCUGCUCUACACACAGUUUCGGGUGGACUCUGUCCUCUUCAAGACUCGACUCCCACAUGACAAGACCAAAUGCUUCAAGUUCAUUUAGAGGGACCAAAAGAGGGCAUACGAACACCACCUCUUACAGACGGGAGGUUUUAUCCGACAUGCGUCAAAACGAAGGGAGGACUAUUACGUAAAUGCGUUUUAUUUUAGUUUCUGUGUGUGUGUUCGAACCCAUCAGCAACCACUACUGGUCUCAUUUGCACCACUUGCUACAAUCUCGGAAAAGAGGUGAGGACACUGUAAUGGGUUUCAGACUGAAUUCUUUGGAACUGACAGAAUGGUAAAAGACACGGGCAAAAGCUUCCUGUCUCAUUGCACUCUUUAUUUUUUAACCCAUUCGACAUUUAUAUAUCUAUAUAUAGUGUGUUUCAUAUGCAAGAGAAGAUGUCCUCUUGUAUAUGAUGAGCACAUUUCUGCAGGUCACAGAAAUUUUAUUUGUGUGUGUGUGUGUGUGUGUGUGUGUGUGUUUGUGUAAUUUCGAAAGAGGAAUUUAAAGACACCAGACCUCAAAGAUAGACUGACAAAAGUGCAGAAAUGAGAACGCUACAUGGUCGGGCAAGCGAUAAUCAUUAAGCUCGCGCACAGACUCCCUUCGUCAGGUCUUCUUAGGCAUGUGCCGAUAUCACGUCAUCAUAUCUGAAGAAUCGCUUCAACAUAUCACACACUAUUAUCGCAGCUGAAUGAAACGGUCAGCUUACCGAUCACUCAUCUGCUGAACAGGAUUAUGAGAGAGUAGUGACACUGCCUUUGAGGAUUUGUAGAAGGCAGCUGUCCUGCUUUACUAACGGGAUUGGCUUUAGCUUGGGAGCACAAGUUACCACACAAACAACUGCUGCCUAUGUAGACAACUGCUUUCUGGAUUGAAUGUAAUGGCGAUGACCGUAACCGAAAGUUUCUACAAUAACACCAUAGCGCAUGUUAAAUACGUAAGACAUAAGAACUUUCCUGAUCUCAGAAAACCACAGAUGAGGGAGACGUGAAGUCCACAACCGCAACAUGAAGUCUGCGUCCGAUCUCGCCGAAACCUACCCAUCAGCGUUUGAACAAACGUUUUGCUCCCUCACAUCUCACGAUCAUGUUCUUUUAAAUAAGUUUGAACUCCCUCCACCUCACCUAGGAAACGGUUGUUGCUAUGGUUUUCACGAUUAGAGUUAUGACACACAUGCACACUGUAGAAAUGACACAAAUGAUUCUUUUCUGUGUAAAUCCGUGUCCUUCAUUUAACUGCUCAAUAGCGACGCAUAAAUAGGUACUGCAUUCACAGUGAUAGUAAUUCUGACUUGUACAAAACAUGGUCGUGAUCAGAUUCUAGGAACUCGAAUGUUUUCGGAAAGCUUCCACUUACGUGUGACGCCACGUUACGUGUGACUGAGACGGCAGCGACGGCAGCGGUAAAACAUUUCCUAGCAUUGACAACAUAAUGAACGAGAAUAGUGUAGCUUUAUAUUUACAAACCUGUGAAAGAAGUCAUGGUGUUGGGUGUGUUUAGACUAAAUAGUUAUUUAUGGAUAUUGUCAUGGUUACACGGUAUGAGAAUAGCUGUAUGGCUAGUUUAUGGGCAUGGUACCAAAGAUGAGUCAUGAAAGGAAAACUAGUACUAUACUAGUCAAUUCUAAAAUAAUCACCAGCUCGACAGCUGUUGAUGAAACUUUCCCUAGAAAUACACUGCAUUAAAACAUCUGUUGGUGUUUUUUCGGUCGAAUUAAGGUCCGGUUUAGACGACGAGCGUUUCUUUAGAGAUCUCAAAUAAAAUGUGUUCAACAGUGCAGACUUGAAACAGCACUCAGGGUGUGGUGAUAAAGAAUUUUCAUAUCCUAUAACCUUUGGUUAACCUUAUCUCGGUUUACUGUAUUAUCAUGAGGUUAAGUUUAAAUUGAACUGUUAUAGUUGGGUGAACUAUAUUUAAAUAUAUAAGAGUGGCAUAGCUCCAGCUCAGUAGUCACAAGGUCAGUACUGAGCUUGCGUUACAGUCUGCAUGUUCGUUCCAUGUCUGCGUAGGUUUCCUCCAGGUUCUCCAGUUUCCUCCCUAAACCAGACCAGUAGGUGGAUUCUGAAUGAAAAUCAAACUUCGAUUGCCAUAGUGUGUGAAUGUAUGCAUGCAGGAUGCUCUGUGAUGGACUGGCAUCCCAUCCAGGGUGUGUCCAAUCCCCCCCUCACCCCCCUGAUCCGGAUCCAGUGCGUACUGACUUGGAUAAACAGGUUACUGAGGAUCAAUGAAUGACUGAAUGAACAUUUUAACCGAAAAAAAAGUCCUUUCCCCAGGUUCAUAGAAGUCCCAGUAGUUUGGGGGAAGUAGUGGCUCAGUGAUUAAGGCUUUGGCCUGUUGAUCAGAAAGUCAUGAGUUCAAAGCCUAGUACUGCCAAGCUGGCACAGUGGGAAAUUUUUAGGAGAAACGACAGCGUGUCAUGUAACCGAUUAUCGGCACAUGCCUAAGCAGCAAAGGUUUUUGUCCUUUGUAACUCUGAUUUGCCUGUCUCAUGUUUAAUCCUGUCCUUUGCUCAAAUAGUUGGAGUGAAGACCUCAGGUCUGAAUACUAGCACAAUUCUGGAGAAUCAUGCUGCGUAUAAAUACUGCGUAUGAAUUACUGGCACAAUCUGAAUUCUUUGUUUCCUCAUUGAAGUGUUGAAUCUAAAAUGCCUCCACGCACCUGAACUGACGUUUGCAUUACAAUGCUAAUUACUGUCCUGAACUGUACAUAGAGGUUUCUGCAUUGUAAAUGCAUUAGGUGUUUCUUUUUAUAUAUAUGUUAUAUGUUUCAGAACAUGGAUGCCUUUUAUGGAACCUUUUUAUACACAUAAUGACUGUGUAUGUAUAAACUUGUUGAGGUUUAAGUAAUUUGUGGUUGUUUUUUUGUUUUGUUUUUUUUUCUCCCCUGUAUUGCCACUCAAGCAUGGAGUUUGGGGAGGCGAGGAAGCAGAAGCACAGCACUCUGACUGACUGACUGUAUCAUUAGUGUGAUCCCCGUAAACACUAAUAAACCAGCCCGUGCCAUUUGUCUCCAUAA